UUUUCCUCUUUUUUUGAUUGACAGAUUGGCAGCAAGAAGUAAAUCCGUUCUUCAGAGCAUUGGCAUCAGUCACAUCCUUAACGCAGCCGACGGGCCCUACAACAUAAACACUGGAGUCCGCUAUUACCGGGACCUGCCGAUUCAGUACUACGGGGUGCAAGCUUUUGACGACAACUCCUUCGACAUAAGUGUCUUCUUCCACGAGGCUGCUGAUUUCAUACACAAGGCCUUAAAUACUGCAGGAGGCAAGGUCUUUGUCCACUGUGCGAUGGGGCUAAGCCGUUCGGCUACUUUAGUGUUGGCAUAUUUGAUGAUCCACGAAAACCUGACACUUGUGGAAGCCUUGAAGUCAGUGGACUCUCACAGAGGCAUCUGUCCAAACAUCGGAUUCCUCAGCCAACUGCGAGCCUUGGACAUCAAAUUAAACAACGGAAAAAAAGAGAGAGAGAUAAAACUAAUAGGACAGGGGACUGAAUAGAUCGUCAAAUAUAGGAAUUCUGCAGUAUUCUGAAGAAGAAGAAGAAGAAGAAGAAGAAGAAGAAGAAGAAGAAGAAGA